AUGGGUAUUCUACGAUCCUCCCUCGCUCAUCUACGCAAGAACAGCAAGUCAUGUCUAUCAAAAGGCAAAACAUCCGCAAACGUCUCUGACUCACCACCAACCAACGAGAAAGAGAGAGCGGCUGGUCCCAAUGAUACCAACUCUUCUGCAAAAGAUGAGCCAACUGAACCAGCCCCCUCCGAUGGCACGAACCCGCCCAAGCGCCGCAAACGCGAUCUUCUCAAGAAAUUCUUCAAAGGGAUCGGGUGGGCAGGUCUUGGGCUUCUUGCAAUUCCGCUGAUCCCGCUGAUUGUGGCUCUUGUCAUCUGUAGCGAAGCCCUGGGGUUAGCCUUGACUGCAGUGUGGAGCCUGAUACUGAAGCCGCUUCUGUUGUUGAUUGUGCUGCCGGUUGAGCUGGUGCGCGCCUUUUUCUGCUAG